GAAAAAAAAUGCACCAUGAUCCCUUUCGCGUUCUCAAUUCUCAGACCUAAUCGCAUCUGCGUCCGGCAAACGCUUUCUCUCUCUCUCUCUCUCUCUCUCUCUACUCGUUGUUUGGAUUUUGGGUUUGAGAGCUUGCAACAAUGGUGAGAGGAUUACUGAAGCAGCUGACCUUCCGCUCUCUCUCCGUCGCCGGAAAAUGGCAGCAGCAACAGCUCCGCCGUCUUAACAUCCACGAGUAUCAGGGGGCUGAAUUGAUGAGCAAAUACGGGGUCAAUGUCCCGAAAGGUGUCGCGGCUGGUUCCGUCGAUGAAGUCAAAAAGGCAAUUCAGGAUGUAUUCCCCAAGGAAAGUGAGUUGGUGGUUAAAAGCCAAGUCUUGGCUGGUGGAAGAGGCUUGGGAACGUUUAAAAAUGGUCUCAAGGGCGGUGUUCACAUUGUCCCGACUAACCAAGCUGAAGAUAUCGCUGGCAAGAUGCUUGGGCAAAUUCUUGUUACCAAACAAACAGGUCCUCAGGGAAAAAUUGUCAGCAAGGUUUAUUUGUGCCAAAAGUUGUCACUUGUCAAUGAGAUGUACUUUUCUAUCAUUCUGGAUCGCAAAUCGGCCGGCCCACUUAUAAUUGCCUGUGCAAAGGGUGGAACCAGCAUUGAAGACCUUGCUGAGAAAUUCCCUGAUCAGAUAAUUAAGGUACCUAUCGAUGUUUUCACCGGAAUUACAGAUGAAGAUGCUGCAAAGGUUGUUGAUGGUUUGGCUCCAAAAGGGGCUGAUAGGAAUAGUUCAAUCGACCAAGUGAAAAAAUUAUAUAAGCUAUUCAGUGAGACUGACUGUACAUUGCUGGAAAUCAAUCCACUUGCCGAGACUGCUGAUAACCAGUUAGUAGCUGCUGAUGCCAAGUUGAACUUUGACGACAAUGCUGGUUAUCGUCAGAAAGAGAUAUUUGCUCUUCGUGAUCCAUCGCAGGAGGAUCCCCGAGAGGUGGCUGCUGCCAAAGCAGAUUUGAAUUAUAUUGGCUUAGAUGGGGAGAUUGGUUGCAUGGUGAAUGGUGCAGGAUUAGCUAUGGCUACAAUGGAUAUCAUUAAAUUACAUGGUGGGACUCCUGCCAAUUUUCUCGAUGUAGGUGGAAAUGCUUCGGAAAACCAGGUUGUUGAGGCAUUUAAGAUUUUGACUUCUGAUGAGAAGGUGAAAGCGAUUUUGGUCAAUAUCUUUGGUGGAAUAAUGAAAUGUGAUGUGAUUGCAAGUGGAAUUGUCAAUGCUGCUAAACAGGUUAAACUAGAAGUGCCAGUGGUUGUUCGUCUUGAAGGUACCAAUGUCGACCAAGGAAAGACGAUUCUCAAGGAAAGUGGAAUGGCACUAAUUACAGCCGAAGAUUUGGACGAUGCUGCUGAUAAAGCGGUUAAAGCACUGACGAAAUAGAUCCUUCAGUUCUCUUCCGAGUUACAUAUCGAUAUGAUUCUUACGUCUACGGCGAUACUGAUGUGCUCUGCUUGGUGUUUUUGUGUGAAAUUACAUAAAACACCACCUGUGCAUAGUUUUAGCAAAAAAUUGAAAUUGUUUGAAGAGUUCUGAGGCUGUUUCUGUUGUCAACAAGGAGUUUUCAAUAAUACAGCUUUCUUCAAAUUUAUUCACCUA